UUUAUCUCAUAUUCUUACUACUGUGGAUUGAAGACUACAGCUAACCUUCAACAUCUGGUCACAUUUUUGAGUACUUCUCCACCCUUCAAGUGUAAUCCAGUUGGUUUAUAUAAUGAAGAAAAGAAGGGUUUGGAAGUUUCAAAUGUCAUCUUUGAAUUCCCAAUUAAACCACCAUAAUCACACUCCCCAGUCUAAUAACUUCUUAAGUGACCUAAAAAAAGCAGAAUUAGCGCACUUAUGGCGUAGCUGUUUUGAUAACCAUCGAAGCAUCUUGCAAAAUAAUAUCCACUGUCGUGUAUCAAAAACAACAAAUUGCAAAGCCAUUUUGGAUAAGUUUAUGGAUGUUCUUUCAAACCCACAGAAUUUGAACUUUGUUAAAUGUAAUUGCACAUAUGAUCAGAAUGAACUGAUGAUGGAUUAUGAUGUUGUCGAAGUAUCUCUCUAUGAUGUAAUCAGGUAUAGUCCCGGGCGCCUACAGAAUCACAAUACACUGUUGUAUCUUACUUUUCAAGCGAUUCAUGCCAUCACUCAGCUACACAAAAUAGAUUUACCUCAUAGUGGUAUGACAUUGGAUAAUAUAUUUGUAGACGAAAAGUUUAACAUCUUUCUUGGUCCCCCAAAAGCAAUUGACUUUCUGUCAAACAUAAUGACAAAUGAGUUAAUGGAAGAGGAAAAUACUGCGGAAAUUGAUAUUGCGAUGUGCAAUAGUAGUAAGCUGUUCACGAUGACAACUAAUUGGGUACUUCACAAAGUUACGAACUAUGAUUACCUGAUGUUUCUGAAUGAACUGGCUGGUCGACAUAAGGGUGAUCCAUCAAACAGUGCAAUUUUACCGUGGAUAACAAAUUUUGAUACACCCUUCGGACAGUUAAGAGACUUGACAAAAUCAAAGUAUCAUUUAUGUAAAGGAGAAGAUCAGUUGAAUGCAAAUUUUGCGACAUCUCUGUGUAAUCAUACAAUAUCUAAGCGUCCUGGUUGGACACUAGGUACUUAUAAUGUGGAAGGAAAUUAUGAUGUCAGGAGUCAUCAUCAAGAUUUUAUGAAGUUGUGUAAUGAGUUGGGUACUUGUAGUAUAAGUAAUGUAGAUAGCAACUUGGUGUGCAGUAUUGUAGAUGAAUAUAUAUCUAACGAUAAUGGGAAAAAGAAUAUGAAUUACACCUUUUCUCCCCACCAUUUGUUGGAUAUAAUGCCUGAUCUAGCAUACUAUACAUACAUGGCUAGAAAAACUCCAUUGUCGUUGUUGACACAGUUUGUGCGUCCUGUUUAUCAACCUCAAGAAUUCCCAACGACUAUUGCACGAUUAUAUGAAUCUACUCCAGACGAAUGCAUCCCGGAGUUUUUCACAGAUCCGUCAGUCUUCUCUUCUAUUCACCCAGAUAUGGCUGACCUUGGCCUGCCGUCUUGGUGUUCUUCUCCUGAAGAGUUUAUUAAAUAUCACUCUAAACUUCUGGAAAGUGAUGAAGUAUCCAGUAAUUUGCACCACUGGAUCGAUCUAAAUUUUGGAUACAAAUUACUUGGCUCAGCUGCGGUGAGCGCUAAAAAUGUCCAUCUAGAAUUAGCAGGUGAUCAAACUGCUUUACGUCGUACUGGUGUCGUAUGUUUAUUUAGUACACCACAUCCUCAAAGAAUUUGUAGUAAAAAAUUAUCAAAAUAUUUUGGUGCAACACUACCAGAUAUAUUCCAAAUGGAUGUAAAUCCCCCAACUUCUAAACACAACUCAGUCAGUACGGAAAUGCACGCAAAUAACUCUCCAAAUGAAGUUUCCUUGAAAAAAACCCAUCCUACUCUAACGAAGUCCAUUUCUAGUUCUAAGGUUAAUCACACUCCAAAACUGCCAACAGGCGAUAGAGAUUCAUGUUUAAAAAAUAAAAUAUGGCUUCCUGAUGAUUAUGAUCCGUUAGAAUUGAUUAAUAUGCAUCAAAAUCUGUGCAAAUUUCUACACAUUGAAACACAUAUACAAGAUUUAAAUGAUCCAGAAUCUAUUCAAUUAUCAAAGCUGAAUACUUAUGAUAAUGAUUUUGACAAUUUAUUCAAAAUUGAUCUCGAAUCAUUGGCUUGUCUUAUUGUUGAAUUAAGUUUAUUUUCAAUAGUCAAUUAUGUUGAAGUUAAUAAAUGGAGUCAUGGGGAACGUGUUAAUUUUGCACGUUUGCAAGCACGUUUACAUUGGGAUAAAAUACCAAAUUGUCUUCAUGAUGCCAUUAAUUCUGUUUUAUAUCCAUUUGAUCAAAAUCUUAUUGGAAAACAAUUUCAUGAACGUUUUCUUCCAACUGUAGAUAUUUUUCUUCAUUUAGUAUGUGAAUUUCCACCCUAUAUUUUCGAUUUAUUAUAUAUUCGAGAUCGGCUAAUUAAUAUCAAUUCCAACCAAUCAUUUCAACAGUUACAAUCGUUCUCACCCUACAUACCGAAAACAUGCUUGUUUUCAGCAUUUUUCCCUAGUAAUCAUCAAAGUGAAUUGUAUAAUCUAGUAAAUUUAUCAACUGUUCACAUUCCAAUUGAUAUAAUCAGAUUACUGUAUCCACAUAUUCAGUCAGCAGUGUAUGCAAAUCCUAAUUGGUUUGUGAAUAUUUUAAAUUCAACCAAAAUGUUAGAGCUGUUUUCAACAAUAGGAGGUCUUGAAUUCAUACGAUCACAUCUUCUGCCACUAAUUAUCUAUCUAUACGAACCUGAACAACUUAAACGUAUGUCAAGUGAUAUCUCCCCGAGAAUUCCUCUUGCUUUAUUAUAUUCACGUUUAUUUCUACGUCGUUUAUUGGCUUAUUUAAAUGUGAACACAUUUCUUGUACAUAUUUUACCUUAUAUAACCCUUAGUCUUAUUGGAGGUAGUAUAAACGCUUUAUCUGAUGAAAAUAUUGUAUGGCAUCAAAGAAGUUAUGUUGGUCUUACAAAUGAACAAAUAGAUUCUAAGAAUUCAAAUGCGAACCAAAACACGCCUGAAUUAUUGCGUCGUAAUCUAGAAUUAAAUGAUGAAUCUUUAUUAUAUGAUCAAUCGGAAAACAUAUCAGCACAUUGCGAUUUAUUAUUUUAUAAACAAGAUAUUAUGAAUGUGGAUGAGAUUGGAAUUGAUCUUCGAAGUUUAAUAAAUGACGAAGAAUUUCAAUUCUUGGAAGAUUCUAAAAGUUUGUCUACGUUCACUUGUGUAAAGUCCAGUGAAGAAGAAUGUGAUGAUGUUAGUCGCAAAUCGCUUCACAGUUGUCCAAGCGAUGCAACACCAGCACCUCCUCUUCACUCCUCAAGUUCCAUUUCGCAUAAUUGUAAUGUAUCACAAUCGUCACAUGACAGUUUAACAGAAGAUAAAUGUGUUUGUGGUGAACCGAAGAAAGUUAUAUUUUCGAAUAAUACAUCCUCUAAUGAUACUAAUAUUAGUAACUGUUCUAAUAUGAACAGCAUUCCACCAAUCACUGCAGCUAUGGAUAGUCUUGAUUGGCUUGCUAGACGUAUUGGUCCUGUAAUGACGAUUAAAUAUAUUGUUAAGUAUUUAUUAACUACAUUGACAUUGUGUUAUGAAGGUAAAACGCAAUUAUCUGUUAACAUGGUCAAUAAUAUUUCAUCUGAGAAAUGUUUACAAUUUUCUUUACAAAUUAAUAAUCGUUCAUUAAUUGGUGAUCGUUCAGCAUUUAGUGUCGUAAGAUGUUUAGUACAAUUAGUACAAAUUUAUGGUGUAUCUAUUGUUAUAGAUGUAUACUUACCUUAUGUUAUAAAAACAAUCACAUCGAUUAUUAAUAAUCUUAAUCCUGUAUUAUCAGAAUCCAUAAAUAAUAAUAAUAAUUUAAAUCAAACUAAUAAUUAUUGUAUGAAUCCAUUGGAAUCUGUUACAAAUAAUGAAGUAAAUGCAUCAACAAUAUCAUUUAAUUUUAAUUAUCAUUAUUUAGCACGACUUGUUGGAGUUCUUACAUUGUUAUAUCAAAUUGUUAUUUAUAUACCGGAUAAUGAACUUGUUGAAUUAUUACAAGAAUCCAUUAUACAAGACAUUCUUAUUAAAGCAGUUCAAAUGUCUGGUCGUUUAGAUAUUAGUUUUCCUGGCGGUGUUAUUGGACGUCGUGCCAUUCUAUAUAAAUUUAUCAAUGUUGUCUAUAUAAUCGGUUUAAGAGUUGGUUUUGAAUUAACACGUACUCAACUGACAUCAAUAUUUCAAAUAUUUUUUGCACUUUUCGAUCGUGUUAUCAACACUGCUGCUACAAAAUCCAUUUUAACAGACAAUUGCUUAUUUGGUGUUAAUAAUAAUGAUAGAUGUCAACAACGUUGUGCUGAUGAUCCGGAACUACAGGUCACAUCAACAUCUCAAGUAACAAAUGUAGAAGAGAAUGCACAGAAAUCAAACCUAACUAAUAUCUUUACUGAAUUAAUUGAAACAUUCGAUUGCGAUCUCGCUCGAAUGGCAUAUAUUUCGUUUUGUCAUCUCGCUGGUGGUACAUAUAUUGAUGAUUGUUUAUACAAUACACAAUCUAUUCAAAAAUUAAUUAAUCAACUGAUAUCUAGCGAAUCAAAUGAUACACUGAAACAAUCGUGUUCUGAUGAAUCUAAUAAAACAACAAUUACAUCUACUGAUACUGCUGUUAACAUUCAAGAUGUUCAAUUGGCAAAUCGUAGUAAAAUUGAUUUUGAAGCUAGUUUAUUUGCUAGUUCAGCAUUGUGCAAUGACUGCAAUUUUCAUUUGCGCGGUGCUUGGCGUCAAGUCAUUUGUGAAAUCUUUGAGACUAGCUUCCACCAGUCAGCUUCUAUUCCAAAGUACCAUGGUAUACAAGUAGCUGCAUUCACAGGCCAUAUUAACAAAAUCAAUUGUAUCACGCAUUUAAAUACAGAAAAUUGUUUCAUUACAACAAGUCGUGAUAAAACAGUUCAAUUAUGGUCAUUAACUGAUACUUAUAAUUCUGGUCAACAUUCAAUAUCCAUCAGUCAUAAAAUAACUAAUAAUAGUAACAAUGUGAAUAAUUCAAAUAAAAGUCUACCUAUUGAUUCAAGUAAUCAUGUAGUUGCUCGUCUAGUAUACAGAGCACAUAGAAAAUCUGUAAUUGCUGCUCAUUAUCUAGAACCCUAUCGAUUAGUGGCUUCUGUUGAUGGUUGUUUGAUCUUCUGGGAUCCAUGGAUGGGGAAAACAGUAUGUUUCAUCAUUAUUCUUUUAUAAAACAGAAAUAUAUGAGCUCAGAUAUUUUUCCUAAAAAUAUGCUGAAAAUGUGUAUGUGUAAUUAUACUUUUUGUUCAUCCUUGUGAUUUACCAGUUACGUUAAAACAUCAUAUAUAUUUCAAUUACAUUUUGUAAGUAGACUCCAUUUCUCCAUUUGAAACUAUAUUCCAUCAAUAUACCACUCGCAAAAGAGAAGGCAAAUAGUAGUUGUAGACUGUGUAGCUUGAAUCAAAAUUAAUCCCACUUUUCAGCAUCAUCGUCAUCGAAAUGAUAUUCAUACUGAAGUCCUUAUUGUUUUAUGUCAGCGUUUCCUAUAUGUAGCUGUCGGAAUUAAAAGAAAUGUCUUUAAGUGAGAUUUGACAAUGUUUAUCACUGAAAUGAUUAAUUCAAUUCACCUGCACUCCAAUAUUGAUAUUCACAACAGGGAUUUAACCAACGCCUAUCGCUUUAAACACCAUUUAGCCACUGAGUGGCUAAAAGAGGUAUUAUUUAAACGGUAAUCUAAUUCCUUUAAAUGUGAAAAAUGUUUCUACUAAUUGGUAUUUAGUAGUAAACUUUGAUUAUGAUUCUUAAUGUAUCGUUAAACAGAAUAAUAUUAUGCUCUGGCAUUUCCUUCCAGAAAAUCUAGUCAUAAGUUUGGUUUUUCGAAAGUUUCAAUUAUUUUCUUCUGAGAAAGUUUGAUGUGCAAGCCAAAAAAAGAAAGAAGAUACUGCCUGUUAUAUAUAUAUAUAUAUAUGCUUCAUGAUUUUCUUUUACUAAUAAAGACCUCAGAAUAUUUUUUAAACCUUAGAGACCGAAAUCACAUCAUAGUAGGAAAAAUUAUAUAAUAAUGCUUUUAAAUUUCCUGCAAAGUUGGAAUCACUUCAUUCCAUUUUUAGCUAUUUGUUUGUGUUCACGAAUAACUGUAUAAAUAGUCUAAUUCCGGCUUUGGAAUAGCAUUUCUCUGUAAACUUAAGUAUCUGUAACGAAUAUCUACGUCUCAUUUCGGACAGUUAAUGAAAACAAUUCCCAUUUCUUUCAUGAUAAGUGAAAAGUCAUUUGACACUGAAAUUAAUGAACAUUAUAUUACUGUACAAGUAAGUCAUAUUCUUGGUCAUUUAAAACGCUUAGACACACUUCUUUUGAAUUGAUCAGUAUACUGAUAAAAUCGACUUUUUUGUUUUCGGAAAUCUGUAGAAUUUUUCUCUCUCCAUCCCAUUAGGUAAAAUCCAAUAAUCAAAGCGAGAACUCAAGUUGGCAAAAUCUAACUGCAAUGAAUUGUAGCGCUGUUCCUUAUGGAGCCGUUAUCUGUUCUGACCAGUCAGGUUUUGUGCACCUUAUAGAUCCCCGAGCUGUAUGUUCUGGAAGAACAGGGAGUUUACGUUUUCAUAGUGGUUCAAAUUUAGCUUCAUUUCUAUUAAACAAAGAACGCUCAAAAUUUGAAACUCCUAUCAGUGAAUCAAUCAAACAUACAAGUUAUAAUACGAAAUCAUGCUCUCCUCUUUUUUACAAUCAGUCUACAAUGGAUAUAUCUAUCACAAAUAUUAUGAUGAACAUAACUAAUCAAUUUCAACCAUAUCAUUUAUCAAUGAAUUCGUUUACUAAUGUGAAUAGUAAUUCGUCAAUUUCUUCUCUACUAAAUGCCAAUACAAAUAUGGCUGGUUUGCUAAAUUGUUUAACAACCAGUCGAAAUGGUUAUUAUUUACUGUGUGGUUUUACAACAGGCAUAAUUACUGCAUUAGAUCUACGAAUGGGACAGGUUAUUCACAUAUGGAGAGAAUAUCAGGACUCAGUGGUCGAUAUUAUCCCACAUCUUUUGGAUGGAUUUAUAUCAUGUAAUGAUCGAAAUUUAUCAUUCAUUAAUCCAACUAUUUCACAAUCCAAUCAAAAUUCAUUAUCAACUUCAUAUAGUGAAUUAGAAAAUUUUAAUUAUUUACCGAAUAAACCCACAAUUAGUUUGAAACCAAAAUCUAUUCGAAUCCCGUCAACACUCCAGAAUAUCACAUGUUUAACUAAAUAUCAAGAAAAUCCAAUUUUUUGUGCUAAUUCUUUACCUCCAUCAUAUCCAUUACCGAGUACAAGUCGUUUCCCAAUUUUUGGCAGUGGAAGUGGAGGCGGAGGAACAAAUAAUGUAACUACGAACCCAGAUAAAUCAACAUUGUCAUCUAUAAUAAACGAAACAACAACUACACCGUUGUCAAGUGCUACAAUAGUAUCACAACCAUACUAUAAUAAUAAUAGUGGAACAAUAUUAGCAACUUAUUCAUAUCCAUUCAAUAAUAAGGAUAUCAUUAAUAUAAAUGAAAAUUUUUAUACUUUAGGCAGAAUUUCUUCAUAUUUUCUACGUGGUUCCAUUAGUGUUAUAAAUUCAUUAUCAGAAAAUAAUUUAUUAUUAAUAGGAAGUGAUACUGGUGCAUUAAGUUUAUUAUAUUAAUUUUUUUCUUUAAAAAAUGAUUCAAACAAAACAGAAAGCAUUUCACUUUGAUUUGUUUAUUUUAUCUUGUUUUCUUUUUUGCUGGUAUCGUUUACAUACAACAAAUUGUGUAUUAGGACACAAUAGAUAACUUUAAGCAAACAGCACCAAUACACAAAUAUACAUAUACUCACUCAUUCAAAUAUUCUUUCUGAAAUGACUGUAUGAUUAUUAUUAUUAUUAUUAACAUUCCUUUAUGGUAAAAUAACAAGAAAAACAACAACAUCAGAUCAUUUGAAUACUUUGUUAUACAUAUAUAAUGUGCUACUUUACAGAACGUUAUUUAAUUUACACUGACCUCGAUAACAAUGAUUGUAUUGAAAACGAUUUUGUACUGUUUAUUCCUACUUCUUUUUUUAUUUAUUUACUCUGGCUUUUUUUUCUUCAUUUUUUAUGACUUAUUUAUCAUUUUGUCUUUUCUUUUUUUUGAGGGGUUAUCUGUUAGCAACUUUCUUUUUAUUAAAUCCGGAAAUAUUAAAUUUUUGUUAUUUUCACUUUUCUUUUUCUCAAAUACAAUGAAAGCAAUAUGAAAAUGUGAAUGAUGAAUUAAUGUGUUUUAUCCUUCUUAGUAAAAAAAAAACAAAAAUAGAAAAAAAAGAAUAAACACCAGACUUUUUUUGAAUAAUGUUUUCGUGAUUUAAAUCCGUAGAUGAUAUUUUUUUAAAUUAUACUGUAACUAAAUGUAUUCGGUUAAACAGCAUUUUUAUUGUUUUUUGGUAUUAAUAGGGGUCUAUAGUAACGCAAAGGAUAAAAAUCAACCAAUCAAGUUAACUAUGUGGCAGUCAUAUUAGUGGCAGCUUCUUCAUUUCUUGUAAAAAUUUAAUAAUAUUCAUUGUUUCUUUGAUAAUUUGACAUGAAUUGAGCACACAUAUUUCUAUGUGUGCAUGCGUGUAUCUUAUCACACAAUAAUUUUGAAAUAACUAUUUUCUCUGUUAUUCUUUUUCUUCAGAAUUAGUAAUUUUGAAUAAUUUUCCUCAUUUGUUUAUAAUUUAAAUUGGAAAGAUAAAAGGAUUCGUGUACAUUCUUAGACGUUUUUCUUUAACACGUUCGUCC